AUGAGCUUGAAGCCCCCACUCACACUCCAGGAGCUGGCGGAGAACAGCCUCCUGAGGAACAAGACCGUGGCAAUCUCUAAUCUGGACAAUAUACCCUCAGUUUUUUUCCCAUCACUGUUCAAAAAGGCCUGAAGAAAGAGAAAAAUUAGCAUUGUGAAGGCAAUGGUGCAGGCCUGGCCCUUCCCCUGCCUCCCACUGGGAGCCAUGAUCAGGAGGGAUGAUUCCUACAGGACAAUCUUAGAGACUAUCCUGUUUGGGCUUGAUGGCAUGCUGUGCCAGGAGGUUCCUCACAGGAGGUGCAGACUGAAAAUGCUGGAUCUACGGAUUCUGCCUUUGAGGAUGUGGGACCAGUGGUCUGUGUUCAAGGCUCCUGACUGGAGUGAGAACCAAACAGUGGUGGGUCUUUCAGAAAAGGAGGUGAAGCCACGGGUGAAGGUGGCUAUAAACCUGGUCCUGCAGGAACGCCCAUUAAAUUCCUUGGAGUACUUUGUCAUUAAGUGGGUGGCUCAGAAAGAAGGUCUGAGUCUGUGCUGUAACAAGCUAGAGAUCUGGUCCGUGGCCACUUAUUAUCACAAAGAUGUCUUGGAGACAUUGGACUUGAACUGUGUUCAGCACCUGGGUUUGUAUAACAUGAAUGAUCUUACCUGUCUGCUUAACUUGUCCCCUUACCUGGGUCGAAUGAGGCACCUGCGCAGUCUCCUCCUCUACUGCUUCUGGCUGUUUGCCUGUCUCACGCCAGUGGAGAAGCAGCUGUUUAUGACUCACUUCACCUUGAAGUUUCUCAAACUGAAGCACCUCCAGGCCCUGAUUCUGGAUAAUGUCUUCUUCCUAGAGGAUCACCUAGACCAGCUCUUCUGGUGGCUAAAGACUCCCUUAGAGACCCUGUCUCUGACUAACUGCUUGCUCUCAAACUCAGACUGGGCCCAUAUGGCUGAAUUCCCGUGCACAAGCAAGCUAAAACAUCUGAGUUUGAAAAGGGUCAAACUGACUCAUGUUAGCCUAGAGACCCUGCAAACUGUGCUGCGAAAAUCUGCGUCUACUUUGCUAACUCUGGACUUGGAAUCCUGUCAUUUGCUGGACGGCCACUUUGGUGCCAUCCUGUCCUUCUUGAGGGACUGUACCCAGCUUAUCUCGCUAGACUUGCAUCUAGCUCUCAAAUCUACUGCCACAGCAUCAAAACUGUUGGGAUUCUUGACAACACCACCUGCUACUUUAUUCCAUAAAGUCUGCUGCAGUGUCCACGAGUCCAGCCCCUGCAGUUUCGAUCACUUAUUGAUAGAACAGGAUGGCGUCUACAAAUCUCAGAUACACUUCCUGUGGAGGAAAACACGACCCAGCCUCUUUCAAUCUGGCCCACCUAACUGGUUGUCUAGCAUGGCAGUGCUGGACUCAUCCCCUACCAAGUUCAGCCCUCAGCUUCCUGAGUGA